AUGAGUCCUCCACUGCUGAAGCUUGGUGCUGUUCUUAGUACCAUGGCAAUGAUCUCUAACUGGAUGUCCCAAACGCUCCCUUCUCUGGUAGGACUAGAUACCACCAGAAUAACCACUGCAGAUUCUCUAGUAACAAGUGAAAAAAUAAAACUUUUGCAAAGCCCCAAGGAAGGGUGGCAAGUUUAUAGUUCAGCCCAGGAUCCUGAUGGCCGUUGCAUUUGCACUGUUGUUGCACCAGAACAAAACCUAUGUUCGAGAGAUGCCAAAAGCAGGCAACUCAGACAGCUACUAGAGAAGGUUCAGAAUAUGUCCCAAUCUAUUGAAGUUUUAAAUCUACGGACUCAGAGGGAUUUCCAGUAUGUCUUAAAAAUGGAAACACAAAUGAAAGGGCUGAAGGCCAAAUUUCGGCAAAUUGAAGAUGACCGGAAGACAUUAAUGACAAAGCACUUUCAGGAGUUGAAAGAAAAGAUGGAUGAGCUCCUGCCACUGAUCCCAGUUCUGGAACAAUACAAAACUGAUGCCAAGUUGAUCACACAGUUCAAGGAGGAAAUUAGGAAUCUCUCUACUGUGCUCACUGGGAUUCAGGAAGAAAUUGGUGCUUAUGACUAUGAGGAACUACACCAGCGUGUUGUCAAUUUAGAAACCAGGCUUCGUGACUGCAUGAAAAAGCUCACAUGUGGCAAGUUGAUGAAAAUUACAGGCCCCAUUACAGUGAAGAUAUCUGGAACACGAUUUGGAGCCUGGAUGACAGACCCAUUGGCAUCAGAGAAAAAUAACCGAGUCUGGUACAUGGAUAGUUACACUAACAAUAAAAUUGUCCGCGAAUACAAAUCAAUCGCAGACUUCGUCAGCGGGGCCGAAUCAAGGACAUACAACCUUCCAUUCAAAUGGGCAGGAACCAACCACGUUGUCUACAAUGGCUCCCUCUAUUUCAACAAGUACCAGAGCAACAUCAUCAUCAAGUACAGCUUCGACACGGGGCGGGUGCUGGCACAGCGUAGCCUGGAGUACGCUGGCUUCCACAAUGUCUACCCUUACACCUGGGGUGGCUUCUCUGACAUCGACCUGAUGGCAGAUGAAAUUGGGCUGUGGGCUGUGUAUGCCACCAACCAGAACGCAGGCAACAUUGUCAUCAGCCAGCUGAACCAGGAUACGCUGGAGGUGCUGAAGAGCUGGAGCACGGGCUACCCAAAGAGAAGUGCUGGAGAAUCCUUCAUGAUCUGUGGCACCUUAUACGUCACUAACUCGCACUUAACAGGAGCCAAGGUCUACUACUCCUACUCCACAAAAACCUCCACUUAUGAGUACACAGACAUUCCUUUCCAUAAUCAGUAUUUUCAUAUAUCCAUGCUUGACUACAAUGCAAGAGAUAGAGCUCUCUAUGCCUGGAAUAAUGGACAUCAAGUCCUGUUUAAUGUCACCCUUUUCCACAUCAUUAAAACUGAGGAUGACUCAUAA